GGGGGUGGGUCCCCACCGCCCGCGGACACCUGAGGCCCGGCGUGGGUGUCGGCCUCUGCUCCUGCUCCUGCCCCGCUCCCGCUCCCGGCCCCGUUCCAUCCCGCUCCCGAUCCUCUCGCAGCCCCGAUCCCGCCGGACCCGUGCCCCCUCGGCAGCGGCGGGGCGGGAGUGGGGCGGGCGCGCGGUCACCUGACGCCGCGGCCGCCGCCAUUUUGUCUGUGAGCGUAAUGUGAAAGGGAAAGCCGGGGCACACCCGCGGGUGGAGGCGCAGCGCCGAGCGGUGCUGGGAGCCGAGCCAUCGUCGCCGCAGGUCCGCAGAGCAGCGGGGAGAGCCCCUGCAGCGGCCAAGAGGAGCCGCUGAGCGGAGCCCGGCGAGCUCUCCCGCAGGAGAGAGCCGCCGGCGCCCUUCCUCCGGGAGGCUGCGCUCGCUCCCGGCCGCGGCGGAGCCGCCGCCAGGGCCGCGGCGAUGAUGUCGGGGCAGUCGAUCACCGACCGCAUCACGGCAGCGCAGCACAGUGUGACCGGCUCGGCUGUCGCCAAGGCUGUGUGCAAGGCGACGACUCACGAGAUGAUGGGCCCCAAGAAGAAGCACCUGGACUAUCUAAUACAGUGCACAAAUGAAAUGAAUGUGAAUAUUCCACAGCUGGCAGAUACACUCUUUGAGAGAACUGCAAGCAGUAGCUGGGUCGUAGUGUUCAAAGCUCUAAUUACAACACACCACCUCAUGAUGUAUGGAAACGAGCGGUUUAUCCAGUAUCUUGCAUCGCGGAACACUUUGUUCAACUUAAAUAACUACCUGGACAAAAGUGCCAUGCAGGGCUAUGAUAUGUCUACCUUCAUUAGGCGAUACAGCAGAUACUUGAAUGAAAAAGCACUUUCAUAUAGACUUGUAGCAGUUGACUUCACCAAAAUGAAAAGAGGGAUAGAUGGAGUGAUGAGAACUAUGAAUCCUGAAAAGCUUCUGAAAACCCUUCCAAUCAUACAGAACCAGCUUGAUGCACUCCUUGAUUUUGAUGCAAAUCCAAAUGAACUAACAAAUGGUGUUAUAAAUGCUGCCUUUAUGCUCCUCUUUAAAGAUUCCAUUAGACUUUUUGCAGCAUACAAUGAGGGGAUUAUUAAUCUUUUAGAAAGAUAUUUUGAUAUGAAGAAGAACCAGUGCAAAGAAGGCUUGGAUAUUUACAAAAAAUUUCUAGCCAAAAUGACCAAAUUGUCAGAGUUCCUCAAAGUAGCAGAGCAAGUUGGAAUCGAUCAGGGUGACAUUCCAGAUCUCACUCAGGCACCCAGCAGCUUGCUUGAGGCACUGGAACAGCAUUUGGCUUCUGUGGAGGGAAAGAAAACAAAGGAAGUCUCUGCUGCCAGCAGAGCCAGUGCCCUAUCCAGUGCUGUUUCCACACUUGCCAAUACAGGAAUGUCAUUCAGCCGGAUGGAUGAGAAAGAAAAGCAGCAGGCAUUGGAGGAGGAACAAGUUAGACUGCAGGCGCUUAAGGAGCAGCGAUUAAGAGAAAUUUCUGUAGUAUCAAAUUCCACUUCCACAUCAGCAUCCCCAAGCACUUUAUCAGGAAAAAGUAUAAAUACCACUGUAGCUGUUGACCUCUUUGCUGCGCCAGCACCCACAACAAAUAGCAUGCCCAACCUUUCUAGUGAUCUUUUUGAUCUUCAGCCUGCAUUUGUUCCAACUGUGCAAAGUACUCCAGCUAUAUCAACAUCUGCAAGCAGUGCUUGGGGAGGUUCUUUCUCGUCUUCAAAUGGUUGUGUUGGUUCUCCACCUCAUCUGGACAUCUUUGACAUGAAGCCAGUUGAAGAAGCUGUAAAAUCUGCCACCCCUUUCACCAAUUCUUCUUUUUCCUUCAAACAAAGAGUGGAACUGUUUAGUGGUUUUUCUCUUCAUUCGGCCUCUCCAAGUACCACCUCUUCAACAAUUAAUGUGGAUUUUGAUGCUGUUUUUGGAGGAAAAUCUACAGCACCAGAGUACAGGACUGCAAGUGGUUUUAACUUUCUAGAUGAUGUAUUGCAACCCACAGUACCACCACAAACUCAAGGAGCCACUGUAGCUAGCCAGCAAAGUAAAAAAAUUUUGGCAAAUGACCUUGAUUCUUCACUUGCUAACCUAGUAGGAAAUCUUGGCUUUGGAGGAACUCCAUCCAAAAAAUCAGAUAUGCAGUGGUCUCAGCCUACAGAGAAAAAACUUACUGGUGGAACAAACUGGCAAGCAAAAACAAGCACAUCGACUACAUGGAACCCAACUCCCUUACCCACUAUUCCACACAUGGUACCUGCUCCUAUCACAUACCCAUUGACCACACCUCAAGUGCCUAUAUAUGGAAUGGUAUCUCCUCAGGUUGGAGCUGCUCCUUUGAUGGCACCCCAGUCAAUGAUGUAUACACAACCUGGUCUGAGGCCAACAAAUCCUUUUGCACCUGUUUCUGAAACUCAGAUACAGUUUAUGUAGAGCCACCAAAGCAACAAGAUGUGAGAACAACCAAAUACUGGUAAAAAAAUGAAAAGACUGAAUUUCAAUCUUUCCAUGAUGUAUUCCUGAACAGGGCAACUGUUUAUUCCCUGUAUAAUACAAUAUUAUUUUGAACUGCAAUGCUUUAGAGAUUCUUGUUUAUAACAGUCACUGCAGUGUGAAGUCAUGUUUGUUUCCUGAUUUCUUUUUUUUAACUGCUCAGCAGAAAACUGUAUUUUUAUUGAGGUUGACUCAAGGUGCAUGCUGGAUUAUCUUGUUCAAAAUCAAGGAGAAGGUUACACGAUUGCUCUACAACCUUAGUCAUCAGUAGAUUACCUUAGGAAUUGACUGAGAAAUUCAAAGCUAUUUAUUUUAUUCAUAAAUUCUGUGGCUGUUGUAACCAAGACACAACACGAAAUCAAGUUGAGCAAUAAAAUUGUGUGUUUUAAUAAAUACUCUGAUAGAGCAAUGCUUGCAUUAUCAUAAGGCCAACAUUGUGUGAAAUCAGACAGCUUUUUCACAUUUGAAUAGUUUAUAGUAAUUUGCAAGCUUUAUAAUGUGAAUUUGAAAUGCUGUGAAUCAACAAGACACAUAUUGUAUAGAUAGAUAUAGUAAAAAUAAUAAAUUGCUCCAUUGGUAUGUCAGUAUUACAGGGCUAAGUAAAAAGAGCCAGCAGCUGCAAGGCUGCAAGUCUGUGAUUGAGUAGGGGGAAUGAGUGUGUUCCAGAAUAGCUCAUGCAGCCUCCAAGAGGUGCCAGCACCUGCACUUCCAUAGGUACCUUCUCUGUAGGUGGCAUCUCCCACCAUGGGCUCAGGGAAGAGCAACCUUGGAAGCCAAUGUCUGCCAGUGCCACAGCACAUGGGAGCAGUCUGAGAGUCUUGUUGAUAACUGCAGUAGAGUCAAGAGAGCCAAUUCUUCUUUCUAAAGUCUAUUAGAUCAAAAGACUCAAACCUGGCAAUCAUGCUGACAAUUGUGAACUAUUUUGAAAUUAUCCAGCUAUAGAGAACAGUUUGUGCUUCUUUUUUGAAAUAAGAACCUAGUUGUAAACAAUAUAAAAAUAAUUAUUUUUAAAUAUGUAAAUACAUGUAAACUGUUAGAUAGUUGUUUCGUUGAUGCUGCAGUAAUCUUUUUCUUCUGUAGUAAUUUCAAGGUAAAAAUGCUACAUUAAGAAAUCCAGACUCUUUUUUGAGAGGAAAAUCUUUAAAACCAACUAAUUUAUAAGUAUUGCUGUUCACAAUGGGUCAGAUGUGUACAGACUUCUGGGACAUAUUUUGUACUUAAGAAUCUUCCUCUGGAACUAAAAUUGGCUAUGAAAAUGCCUUAUCUUAUAUUUUUCACUGUCUGAUAAAGAGUGAUAGCAUUAAAAAAACCCAGUUGUUAUAACUAAGUAGAUAGAAGUGGGAGCCCUUCCUCCAAAAGUUUUGAGGCAAAAUGCAAUGAAAAGCUCUGCUGCAAAAUUGCUUCUAAUAAUAAUUAAUAUUAAAGCUGAGUUUUCUAUUGUUAAAAUAAAUAGACCUCCAGCAUAGUAUGUCUUUUAUCCUUUGGAGAGUCUGUAAUUGCAGAAAUAUCUCUCACUCUCACCACAAAUUCAGAUAGGUCUGAGAAUCUUGUCAAACUCUCCUGCAGAGAACUUCUAAUUCCUCAGAGUGAGAACAACCUUUCUAUUUUUCCAAAUGCUUAAUUCUGUCCAAAGAGUGCAAAAGUAGUAUUUAAUGACCUUAUGGUAAAUACUUUUCCCAAUAAAUCAAUACAAAAGAAACAAAAUAACACUCUUCUUCCCAACCCUUGAAAUUUGUAACUGCUAAUUUCCUGGAAAACGAAACCUUGCAGAAAUUUAAAACUCAGUGUUCCUUGACGUAUAUUGAUUUUGAAAGAAUUUGGACCAGUAUAUGGUAGUUUAAUGUUCAGGUUUUAAUUACAAAGGGCUUCAAGCUUUAAUCCACCUUUAUUGGGUUGAACAAUUGUACAAUUUUAAGCCAAUGAGUUCUUCAGUGCCUAUAGUUGCCCUCCACAUGAUGAGGGAAUAGAUGCCAUUUAGAAUGGGUCAUUGUGUUGAGGGGACUGUUUAUUUAAGAAAUAGUGAAUUCAUUCAGUAAUCAAAAGUCUUGUGUUCAAAUUAGAUCUGUCCAUGUAGUUAGACAUGUCUGGGCAUUAAUGGAAGAAGUGAGAGUGCUAGAAGCAGGCAGUUCCUAGCACUGUAAGCUGUUAGGUCUCUUUCUUAUACUGAGUUGUAUAAAUAAUAACACAUUAUUUUAAUAAAAUAUGCAAAUAAAUGCCUGGCACACAGUAUAUAUUUAUUAUAACUUUAUUUCAGAACAUUCUGGAUAUCUGGAAUAUACCUGGCUUAGAAAUGGAUUUAGUUCUGGAUAAUAGCUGGCACUACUUCCGAUCUGCUCUGGAUAUUUUAAUGGUUCUUUUGGUCUACUUUCUUGUAGCAAAGCUGUCUGAUACCAAUUUAUUAGUAUGAAAAAAGGAGAAACAGCCACAAAAUAGGUUUUAAAAUCUACCUUCUUUUGAUGCUUUUAAACACAGCUUUGAGCUUGAUCCUUGUGAAGCAAAGAUUUCUUUGUACCUUCUCUCUGCACAAUAGUGCACAGGACUGAAUUUUGCCCACUUCUUCCUUGUGCAUGUAUUGGAACACAUAAAAUGGCAGAGUAUGUGUUUAAAUAACACACAUGAGAAGUGAAAACCAAGGACUUAGGAUGCUGUCAAGGUUUUUAUGGCUAUUUUUCACAAAAAAAACCCCACUUUGAACACCACGGUUGUUCUUGAGGGUGACUGUACGAGCCUGCAGAAGCUGCCAACAGUAGUUGUGAUGAGUGAAGAGACAUAUAUAAAUGUGACUUUUCUUCCAACUCAUUGGAUCAAAAUCAUGUUCAGGAAGCUGAUAACUAAGAUGUCUCUCUGUUUGUCUGAGCAAGGAGAAAGAUUUUGAUGUAUGCUGUAUACUUUGCAUUAUUGUACUAUAGUGGUUCAGUUGAGCCUCACUGUUGGGACUUGCUGCUGCUACAGGCAGGCUAUCAUAGAAUACACCAUAGGAUGACUUCUGAGGGACUUUGGAAAGGUGGAUUGUGUAAGGCCUCUUGGACUUGAACAUGUACCUCUCUAAAUAACUGAGGUUUUCUAAUGUUCUCUAGAUAUAGUUUGACUUUGCCUCCAAGAAGUUACUGAUUUUAUUUUUUUUUAAAUAAAAUCUGGAUGUGUACUAGAAAAAAAAUCUCUGUUCUGUGCAGAUAGUGGUGGAAUAUUUGUAGGUAAAAUAACAAAUGGACUUUCAUUUAAGAAACAAACAAAACCAACGGCAAAAACCACACACACAAAAGUCACAACAACAAAACUUCUGACUACAAGAUUGGAUACAGGGUGUAUCUAUGCCCAGCUGGAUAUUUUGAUGUGUGGCAGGGAUGGGGGGGGUUACAAAUAGAAUAGUAUGCACUGUGGAUCGGUGCUUAAUUUGUACAUAAAAAGGAAAACUUUGUUCGGGGUAGUUUGUAUUGUAAGGAUAACAUCUAAAGGCACUGUAUCAGUCAGUUUUUUUUCCAUUGAAAAGAUUAUAUUUUUGAGCAAUGGAAACUGUAUGUGUUAUCAUUUAUACAUUACUGAUAGAAUAUAAAAAACCUGUUGCUAUGACUCUGAAGAUGUAUCUAACUUGUCAUUGAUCUGUGUGUUGCUGCAUCACUACUUUAUGCAGAUUCUCAUGAUCAUUUAUUUAAAAAGAUUGUAGUAACUGGUACAGUUACAACACGAAUUGUAAUGUUAAGUCUUUCAGUAUAUCUCAGAUGCGUAUCCUUGUGAUUAAGCUUAAUCCUUUGACAGAUACUUGGCUGGAAUCUCAUCUUGGAGCAAUGAAAAUAUAGGUGCUGGAACAGAGGUCCCUCACCCCAUCCCACAUUUUAUUUAUUUAAUAGGUCUUGUUUUGUAUGUUAUGUUUUUCCCCAUAACAGGUUUGUGCCUUUUAUUGGAUAUUUAUUUGAAAGGAGCUGUGAUCAUUUAGGUUGCUUUUUUUCAGAUGUAUUCUUGUACAGCUGUUCCUUUACGUGAGUUUCUUCGUUUUAUAAGAAUAUAGAAUGUGUGGAAAAUAUACUGGCCACAAACUGGAAAAAAAUCUAAGGAUUUAUGUUCUAUGAAUAUUUUUUUUAAAUAAGCCUAAGCACAAGACUGGCUGUGUUGAUAUUUUAAUUGUGGAAUUUCACAAUUUGUUAAUAUGCAAAUUGUUCAUUUUUUAAAAGACUGCUCAUAUCCACAUCUUUGAUGAAACAAAUUUUGGAAAAAAAUAAACUUUGGCAUAUGCAAA